AUGGUACUCCCUAAAUGGACUAGACUUUUGGACAGGUCCAAAAGGCAAACUUUCACUCAGACACCCACUCCGACAGACCAUCUAGACAGUUCGCUUGGUGUCAUUGAUUGCAAUUGCAAGGCUAGGAAACAGGUGGAAAAGUACUAUCGCUACAUAGGCAAGAGGCUUGAUCAACUUGAAUAUGACAGGUGCCAAUUACUUUCAGAACAGAAUGAGAUAAACAGUAGAGAAUCUCAGUUAUCCAGAUCUAUAUGGCAUCUAAGAGUCCGUGAGCGCGAGUUGGAUGAUUAUUGCGCUUACUUAAAUGAUAAACGCCAAUCUAUUGACAGUAUAUAUAACAAAUGCGAAGUACUUGAAACACAAAUCAAUGAUAGAUUUGAAGAAUAUAAUAACAUGCAAAAGGAUUUGAAGAAGAAAUUAGAUGAGUUGGAUCAAAGACAAAACAAUUUGGCAUUAAAGGAGCAACAAAUUGAGAGGAUAUCCCGUGAUAUAGAAAUGAGGGAGAGGGAAUUGUCCAUUCAUCAAGGUAAAGUUUACCAGGAGCGCGAUAACUAUCAAAGAAUGGCAGCAGAAGCCCAACAAAAUAGUAACAAUCGUUCUGUACAACAAUGUUUGAUGGAUAUUGAACAUGAACGGAGAAAACUUGAAAUGGAUAGGCAUAAUUUUAGUCAGUAUUACGAGAGUAUCAUGGAGGAAAUUGAUCGGAAAUGGCGCAAACUUAAUAAAAUAAACGAUGCGUACCGAGACAAGGAAGAAGAUAUUUUAAUUAAAGAAAAGCAAUUACUUUCAAACCGGGAAAAUAUCCAACAAGCAUGGAAUGAGAUUGAGGAAGCUAGAAUUGACAUUAUGAAACAGAAAGAACUAUUAAAACGUAAAACCAUUGCAGCGGAGGCAGCUGCCUCCGCUGCAAUGCAAAAUUCAAUUUCCCUACAACAACAAAAGCAACAAGUUGUUAAUGAUGAUUCUACUAUUGAUCGUCGUAAUGAAUCCAAUAGACCUUACCCCAGCGAUAGAGCUGUCAUUAAUGAUAUGUAUGAUCCGGUGUACAAGGAAACACCUAGAGGUAGAUACAGAGGUGAUCUGAAUAGGCAGACAAACCAAGAUAGGGAUGAUCAAUAUAGAAUACUUCGGGAGGAGACUUCUGCCAUUGAUCCAAGAAUUCAAAUCCAACUACAGGAAAAGAUGUCAGAUAUCACCAAACUCGUAGAAGAUAUUAAGCAAGAAACAUCAUUACUCGCCAUGGAAAAGUACAGUCUGCAAGGGCAAAAAAAGCAAUUUGAGCUGGAAAAGGCAAUUAACGAGAGAGAGUUAGCGGCCAAAGAACAACACUUGUUGAACUUAGAACAGAGUUUGCGUAAGAAUGAUUUGAUAGACCAAGCAACACCAACUACCAUAAAUGGACAAUUAAACGGAUAUUACGGCGAUAAAAUGAGAUUAGGAGACAGUUCAACUAGAUUUACUGAUGUAGAUAGGGAUAUUGGCGGGUUUUUCUUGGACAAAUCUACUGAAAAUUACCCCUCAUCUAAGCGCUUAAAUACCAGAGCCAUCGACCUAAGGAAUAGUACUAAUAACCCCAGGGAUACCAUGAGGGAUAUAAGAGAUUAUGGUAAGGUUAGGUAA